AUGUCAAUCACUUUGCCGAGCAAAGAUGUCACCUCUGCCGAACUAGCCCUAUUCGCAAAGAAUUUAGAGGAAGUGACCAACGAGAUCGCCGCCAUCGUACAGGCAAACUCCGACUUCCGCCACGAAUACAAUCAAGCUAUUCAGCGCCAAAGGAUAUACACCAAAAUGCUCAUAAACAUCAAUGACAAUCACGAGCCCUCCGGACAAAAUCGCUGCUCGGAGGACCCAGCCGCAGACACAGAAUAUGCCCUCUAUUACAGGAAAAAGCAUCAAGAAGAGAUAGACAAGCUACAAGGUAUCCACGAAAACAUAACCUCGAUGUUCACAGAGAACAACAAGGUACGAUCACAGGCGGUGUUGGAUAUCAUGGGCUUCAGAGUGGAAAGGGAGGAAAAAGAGAGGGAGCGUUCAGAAAAGGAGCGUUUGGUGAGAGAGAAGGAAGAAAACCAGAAAUUGAUUGGUUCCCUUCUCGCAGGGCACAAGGACGUAAACAUUAAAGAACAGUUGGAAAUUCUCAGGAUCGAAGAUGUCUCUUCUACGCCACCAACUGCCGAUGGGGUCGCAUUGUUCACGCGUCCGCAGCGCGAUGCACUAGCUGCGGGACUAGAGAGAGUCCAGUCGGAGACCGAACUAUGGAUCCAGCUUCUUCAGAAGAAAGGCCACAAACCGAUCGGAAAUAUCGCGACCCACACAAAGGCUUUGUUGAUGAAAGAUAGAGAGGCUGUCGAAGCUGCGGAGAGUAGGAACCAACACCGACAACUUACUGAUUCUCAGAUUCGGUUCUCCAUCUUCCGCUUGGGUGAUGUUUACAAGUACAUGGAGCAGGAUCAAUUCAAGCUAUGGAGGAUUGCUGGGAAAUAUGUAGAACCUAAGGAGGAGGAUGAUCUGGAUCCGAAGGCCUUUGCUCGCCCGAAAGAUUGGAAAUCGAAUCAGCCUUGCCAUACCUAG